AUCUCAGACAAGGCGCUUAUAGCUGUUGCGGGAAACGAACUAUGCGGCGAUGGGAUAUUUGAAGUUAUCCUCCGUUACCAAGGAGAUCGAAUCACAAUCCCAGAAGGCGUGCUUGCAGCUGCCGUGGAGAACAAACAAUGCGGCGAUAGGAUAAUUAAAGUUCUCGCCCGUUACCGAGAAGACAAAAUCAACCUCUUAGCCAACGUCUCAGCUAACGCGCUUAUAACGGCUAUGGAAAAUAAACAACGCGGCAUUAUAAUAUUUGAAGCUCUCAUUCGUUGUCUAGGAGACUACAUCAAAAUCUCAGAUGAGGUGCUUAUAAAGGCUGCGGAGAAUGAACAAUAUGGGGAUGAGAUUUUUAUAUUUCUCUUCCAUUAUCAAGGAUAUCAAAUCAGAAUCUCAGAAGGCGUGCUUACAGCUGCCGCGGGAAACGAACGACGCGGCGAUAGGAUAUUUGAAUUUCUCCUCCGUUACCUAAAAGACAAAACUCUAAAUAUCUUGCUAUCUCAACGCCCC